AUGUUGAGAUGUGUUCAACUGGACAUCUGCAUCGAAGCCUACACUCUUGGUACAGGACCACCGCGUCUUGAUGCACAAGCGGACAUUUCUGAAGCUUUGCCAAAACGGCGGAGAGUCACAUUCAAAGAGGAGGUUUUGAUCUUGACGGACUCGGCCCGUGAGUUCACGAAGCUCAACCUCAGACACGGCUCCACAAGAAAGCGCUUCAAGGAACCUCCGCCUGUCGCGAAACGAGCCAGAACCGAUGACGGUGCGAGAACUGCAAUCAGAUCUCCACCACCCGAGCGACGUGUCCUGGAGCCUGCCAUGCGAAGCUUGGAAGUGCGAAGGCAGCCGAAGCAAGAACGCUCGCGGGAGGUGGCAGAGCCCGACGGUCGCAAGAAGAACCGAAAGGAGAAGAGCCAUGGCCCUGAUGGCUCAACAACACAGCAAGGAGGAGCAGUCGAAGUUGCGCAGGAGCCAGACGCAGACAGAGACGUGCCGAAUGUGCCCACGCAAAGCCAGAAGCAGGCUGCACAGGAGGUUAAGAAAAAGAGAAAAAAGCAGGACUCUGCAAGGCUGCCACUCGAGAGAGAGGCGCAGCACAUCGCUUUCGAGCAUGAGGCUGCACAAGCAGUGAAAGCCGCAGAGGUAGCGCCGCCUGAUGACCCAAGUCCAGAGCAAAAAAGGCCAGCAGCAACUGAAAUCGAAGAGAAUCCAGGAGUGCCUUCCAAGAAGGAGCCUUGGAACCGUGACAGGCCGGUCGACUUCGAGGAACCGACAUCCCAUCUGACAGUCUCCGAGGCCGCCGAGGUGGAAGCUCACACUGCAAGCUCUGCAACGGAAGACAAAUCUGCAAAGACGCAGGAGCUGCAACCAAAGGCCUCGGAAACUGAUGCCAAAGCGGCCAUAGAGGCCGCACAAGGAACCCUAACCCGUGAGAUUCGACUGGCAAAAGAGUGGAGGCCACCACCUUCGCUGGUCUUGCCGAAGGACGUGCUGCCUUGGAAUGCCGUGGAGUAUCGGGGUACGGAGUUGAGAUCGAGAGCGAAGUCUCGUCAGCAGCCGCAGCUCCAAGUUGAGGUCGUACUGCACUCCAAGCCCGCCCCAGAGGUAGCAAGAGGAGUUGUAGCACGUGGGAUACGACUCGCAGAGGAGUGGAGGCCCCCACCACCGCUUGCUCUGCCGCAGGACAUUCAGCCGUGGAGUCCUGCUGAGUAUCGGGGCACAGAGUUGCGAGCCAGAGCCAAGUCUCGCCAGCAUCUGCAGCUCCAAGUUGAGGAAACGGCUGGAGAUUACACCACCAAACUGGCUGGGUUGCUCCGCGCCUUAGAAACUGACUUUGCUGAGCCCGCGGCUCUCCUGAAACGAUUCUGGAUGCAGCUUGCGAUGGGUGAGCGAGCACGUUUCGUGCAGGAAUUCCCGCAGUUUCUGCGCUAUUUACCCGACACCAUGCGCGCCACCAGUCGCCUCCCUUGA